AAAUUAACAAAAACAGAGUAUUUAAUUACAGACCCUGCCAUUGUAACUCCUCAAUAAAUACGCCCACUUAAUUUCCUUUCCCUCUCAAUUCGCCCUCUGCUCAAACCCCAUUCCCAUUUUUCCAUUCCCUCUCUCUCUAAAAGCCUAUUAUCACACUAUUUUCCCCUGUUUAGACUGAACAAUUCACUGUGAGAAAAUGGCUGUGAGUAAUUGGACACUCUGCAUUGCUAGUGUUCUCUGUUUUCUGACGGCCGUUAACGCAAAAAUCUCCGGCAACUACGCCGGCGGCCCCUGGACAACUGCCCACGCCACUUUCUAUGGCGGCUCUGAUGCCUCUGGCACCAUGGGUGGGGCUUGUGGAUAUGGGAAUCUAUACAGCCAAGGCUACGGAGUGAACAAUGCAGCACUGAGUACAGUCCUUUUCAACAAUGGGCUGAGUUGCGGCGCUUGCUUUGAGCUUAAGUGUACUGAUCAGAAAUGGUGCACCCCUGGAAACCCUUCCAUAUUAGUGACCGCUACAAAUUUCUGCCCACCAAACUACGCCUUGCCUAACGAUAAUGGAGGGUGGUGCAACCCACCUCGCCCUCAUUUCGACCUUGCCAUGCCUAUGUUCCUCAAAAUUGCUGAGUACCGUGCUGGAAUUGUUCCUGUAAAUUACCGACGGGUACCAUGCAGAAAGCAAGGAGGAAUCAGAUUCACAAUCAACGGUUUUAAUUACUUUAACUUAGUAUUAGUGACAAAUGUCGCAGGAGCAGGGGAUAUUCAGAAGGUUUAUGUUAAAGGUACAAAAACCAAUUGGAUAGCAAUGAAUCGAAAUUGGGGUCAAAAUUGGCAAACCAAUGCUUUACUUGUUGGCCAAGCCCUUUCUUUUAGAGUCACUGCCAGUGAUCGACGCAGUUCUGCUUCUUAUGACAUAGCACCAGCUAAUUGGCAAUUUGGCCAGACUUUCCAGGCUAGAGAUAACAAAUGGGUUCUGGAGAAGAACGGGGUAGCGGAACUACUAGCUAAGGAAGGAGCCAGAAGGAGCUUCUUGAUCAUGUUAUUGUGUAUAUGUCAAUUUCUCCUUUGUUUGCUAUGAAUGCACUAAUAGCAGAUUAAUUAGGAACUUAUGUUAGAACACAUUCGGCUUGUACUAUUAUAGUUUGGAUUAUGACUCUACUUCGCAUGAA